AACCGCCACAGUUGCUCUAAAUAGCAGCGCCCACCCAUUGCUUCUCCUCUCCCUCCUCUUCAAGCCUUCUGUGCGUCCCCAUUUUUCCCGGGCUUCCUCGCACUCCCCGCUCCGCCUGCCAUUUAAAUCCUCUAAGCGCAGCCCGCGCCCAAACCCUAGCUCGGCCGUCCGCGCAUGGGCAAGUACAUGCGCAAGGCCAAGGCCUCCGGCGAGGUGGCCGUCAUGGAAGUCACCGCCGCGCCGCUCGGGGUCCGCACCCGCUCGCGCGCGCUCGCGAUGCAGAGGCUGCCUCAGGAGGUGGGGAAGGAGCAGGGGGACUACCUGGAGCUGCGGGGCCGGAAGCUGGAGAAGCUCGCGCCGCCGCCGAGGGAGCCGGCUGCGAGGAAGUGCGGCGGCGGGAGAAGGGCGGCCGCGGCCGAACUUGUCGCCGCAGAGUGGGCGGAAGCCGAGCCCGACGAGGUGUCCUUCGGGGAGAACGUACUCGAGUUGAUGGCCAUGGAGAGGAAUGCCAGGGAGACGACGCCCUGCAGCUUGAUCAGGGACCCGGAAACGAUAAGCACUCCUGGCUCCACCACAAGACUGAGCCACUCGAAUUCCCAUCGGAGGGUCCAAGCUCCUGUCCGCCACAUUAUCCCAAGUUCAGCAGAGAUGAAUGAGUUUUUCGCUGCUGCAGAGCAACUGCAACAACAAUCUUUUAUCGAGAGGUACAACUUCGAUCUUGCGAACGACUGUCCUCUCCCCGGCCGAUACAAAUGGGUGAAGCUAGACUGAUAGAUUUUGAGGACAAGAAAGCACUAUGUGUCUGUACGCGCCCUCCACCUUAGCAUCAUGGUAGAGGCGCCUCCCAUCGUGUUAGCUUUGUUCCUGUUGUAAAGAAAAGUAGGGUUAGCAUGUAGCCUCAAUGGUCUUGCGUAACAUACAUAUCUGAUGCUGAGUUACACUCUAAUCCCUCAACUUCAUUGUAACCCUUAACAGCUCAUUCUGCAUGGACCUCUUCCAGGGCCUAGUAGUCUUAUCACCUGCUACCAGUUUCCAGUUUCCAGAUUAAUGCAGUGGAGCUAGAUAUUGUAUCACUGUUUAUCUUGUAAUGUGGGUUGCAGUGCUAUUGGCAUUCCAUCUUGUGCUAUAUUGCACCUUAAGUGCUGUAAUUCUUGUGUAUACUUCUGUUCUUGGCAUGUGAAAAGCUGGUGACAAUGCAUGAAUUGUGGA